AUGGACGACAACUGCACUGGCGCAGGGCCAUCAACGGCGCGUCCAGCAGCGGCUCGCUCGAAUAAAUUCUCCGCAUUCGUAGCAUCUGUUGCCAACGUCGCAACUGCCGCACAGGCAGCGACUGCUCAGGUCUUCCACAGUGAUCCUGCAGACGUGGAACGGCGUUUGCGGGGUGAGACACCCUCCGAAGACAUCCAUAUCGCGCAGCUGACAGGCCUCAACAGGCGAAGAAGAGAAUGCGGAUCCCAAUCAUCCCCGGAAUUGGGAAGACACACAUAAGAACACGACAUAUUGGACGAUCUGUCUCUUCUCUUUCGUCGCCAACGCGAAUGCCUCGGCCUUCACCGUCGCCGUCAAGACGCUCAUGCAGGCCUUCCACAUAUCCCUCACGAAAGCUACAAGUUUGACAGCGCUCAAUGUCCUCAUGUUUGGGCUUGGUAACCUCCUUUGGGUGCCCAUGAUGCGUGUCCUUGGCAAGCGACCUGUCUACUUGCUGGCGCUCGCCGUGCUCAUCGGUGCGAAUGCUUGGUCUGCUACAGCAGCGAGCUACGGAAGUCUGCUCGCCUCCCGCAUGGUCUCAGGGAUAGGAGCUUCGGCAGCCGACGCAACAGUCCCAAGCACAGUGGGAGACCUAUGGGAUCAGAAGACGAGAGGCUACCGAGGAAUGAUCUUCACGUUUUUCCUCGCGUCCGGUAUCUUCCUAGGCCCCCUCAUCAAUGCGUGGGUCAUCCAAAUUCAUGGCUGGCGCUGGAUUCCUGGGUGGAUCAGCAUUGUCUCUGGCUUUAUUCUCGUACUCGCCAUCUUCAUGGUUCACGAAACAGAGUACCGUUCUGCUCCAAACACAACUUCGCAAUCUUCAACUCGUCGCUCCUUCCUGCAGGGGAUGGAUCCAACAAUCGGGUUGCAAAGGGACAAGCCCGUGUCUGCUUUCAAGCGGUCCUUGAGAGACAUCACGCUGAUGUUUUCUUAUCCUCAAAUCUUAUACAGCUCGAUUGUCAUUGGGAUUUUCGUCGGCUGGACCAUCAUUAUGCAAAUCUCACUCUCCCAAGCUCUUUCUUCCCCGCCGUACAGCUGGAGCAUCGGACACGUCGGAAACUUCCAUUUCGCUGGCUGGAUCGGCGUUCUUUCCGCCCUUGGCGUGGUAGGAUAUUACCUCGACAAGUCCAUGCAGAACCGCCGAGCAGCGGCAGGGCGCGCGAGAGGACCUCCAGAACAGCGUCUCAAACUGCUUGGGAUUCCGGCCGCAUUUGCACCGCCCGGUCUGAUGAUCUAUGGCUUCUUACUCGCCAAGAAGAAAGGUUGGAUCGGUCCCGCAAUCGGAUAUGCCCUUCACAGUUUCGGAUUCGCGGCUGUGUCGAAUAUUCUGGUCACGUACUGCGUAGACAGCGAGCUCAUGUUCAGCGGCGAAGGGCUCGUGUCGCUCUUCAUCAUCCGGAACGCCAUUGCCGUGGCGUGUACCUAUGGUGCUGGGGCAGGAGGAUGGCUGUCUGCUUCUCCCGGCGUGCACAACGCCACCCAAAAAUGGUACGCUGCUUUCGGGACCAUGGCAGGCAUCGAAUGGUUCUUCUUGCUGUUGGCUAUCCCGGUCUAUCUGCUUACACAGAAUUUCAAAUCCUGUACGGAGAAGUAUGGGCCUGGAAGAAGGCAGUUGGCUACGACUAGACAGUCAGAAGCAACACAGAAUGCCUCGGAGGGCGGCCACGGCGUUGCUAUGCAGGAUAUGAGCGCUACGCGUGCACCUGUGGAACAGCGCAGUGAAGAGCCGCUACUGCCGGAUCCUUCGUCGGAAAGUGGCAACGUAGAGAGCCACGAGGAUGCCGACGUGGAGGCAGGGGAGCAGAAGAGGGACGGCUUUCCGGCUUCAUGA